GUUUCAGUUCCAGCCGGUCUGCCCCUCACAUGAAAGCUCUGUUUUUUCCCAAGAGCCUGAAGAAGGUUGAGAGGGGAAAGUGAAACUUUACCGCCAAUAAAAGGCUGGGACUCCGGGCGGCCACACACAGAGCACCUUGAGGAAGGAUGGCUUCGGCCUCACCGAGACCAAAGAUUGGAGAUCUGAUUGAGAUUUUUCGCUUCGGCUACUCGCAUUGGGCCAUCUACGUGGGAAAUGGCUAUGUGGUCCAUUUGGCUCCCCCAAGUGAAAUCGCGGGAGCCGGGGCAUCCAGUGUCCUGUCUGCUGUGGCUAACAGAGCCAUAGUGAAGAAGGAACUGCUGUCCAAGGUGGCCGGGGGAGACAGGUACCGGGUCAAUAACAAACAUGAUGACAAGUACCCGCCGCUGCCUGCCAACAAGAUCGUGAAGCAGGCAGAGGAGUGGGUGGGGCGCAAGGUGCAGUACUCACUGACCAGCAGCAACUGUGAGCACUUUGUGAACCAGCUGCGCUACGGGGUCUCCCGCAGUGACCAGGUCAGGGACACGGUCACAGCAGUGACUGUGGCAUCGAGUGUCUUGGCAGCUCUGGGCGCCCUCGGGCUAGCACUUGCCAGAAGCAGGCGGGAAAGGCAGUGACUCCGAGGCAUUGCCCUGAGAUGCGUCCCCUGGGAGGGGAUCGCGAUUAGCCGACGGGAGUGGGGCUUGCUUUGAUUUCUCUCCGUUUUGUGAUCCUGACUGCUUAUUGAGGAGGAAUGCAGCUCCACGCGGAUUCUGCUAGACACCGUUGCACCACGUCAUGGACUCCAUCGCUUGUUCCUAGCCCCCCCCCCCCCCC